GUAGAGUUGCUUUUCCCCACAAUGAUUUACUCUCUCUGCUAUUGCUUUCUGCUAGCUCUGCUCUGCUCCACAUCUAACAUGGCAAUGUUUAUUUUUAUUUUUUUUUAGAAACCAGUUAGAUCAGAUUCUGAUUCCUGGCAGAGAAUACAUGGCGGCAUGAAGACAUUCAGUCAUUCACAGUUAAUGAGGAGAAGUUUUAUAUUGCAGUCUUUUAAGAGUUGACCUCACCCGUGUUAGUGCAUGGAUGAUUGUUAUCUCUUUUCUAAUGCUUUAUUGGUCCGUCUCUGUCUAUGUAAAAUUGAGCAGAAUGUUUUCUUUCAUUAAUAAGUAUGUGAUUCCGUCUUGAUGACAGUUUGAGAUAUGGGAUGUGACACAGACCGUGAAAGAGCUGUCGUUUUUUUGGAUCUGUCUCUCCUAACAUGAUUUCAGCAUCAACAUGAACGCUGCAAAUAUUUUGUUACUUCUGUUACUGUUGUAUCCCAGUACAUUGUGUGAGCAGCUCUCCCAGCUCUCCCUGCUUGCCCUGCUACAGAAAUACUGUGAGGCUCUCUCCGCACUCUACAAUGUCACAGGUUUGUAUUGCAAUGCCACAACUGAUGAGAUUGGAACAUGUUGGCCAAGGAGCAACACCGGACGGAUGAUGGAGAGACCCUGUCCAGAGUACAUCAACGGGGUGAAGUACAACACCACAAGGAGUGCUUACAGAGAAUGCAUGGAUAAUGGAACGUGGGCUCUGAAGAGCAACUACUCCAGUUGUGAACCCAUUUUGGAGGAGAAGAGGAAAUACCCAAUGCACUAUAAGAUUGCUCUGAUCAUCAACUACCUCGGCCACUGUAUUUCUGUGGGAGCUCUUGUCAUAGCCUUCAUUCUCUUCUUAUGCUUAAGGAGCAUACGAUGCCUUCGAAACAUAAUCCACUGGAAUUUGAUAACAACCUUCAUUUUGAGGAAUGUUAUGUGGUUCCUACUUCAGUUGAUUGAUCACAAUAUACAUGAGAGCAAUGAGCCUUGGUGUCGUCUUAUAACGACUAUAUAUAACUAUUUUGUGGUGACCAAUUUUUUCUGGAUGUUUGUUGAAGGAUGCUACCUUCACACAGCCAUUGUGAUGACUUAUUCAACAGACAAGCUAAAGAAAUGGGUCUUCUUGUUCAUUGGCUGGUGCAUUCCAUGUCCUAUAAUUGUUGCUUGGGCCAUUGGGAAGCUUUACAAUGAAAAUGAACAAUGCUGGUUUGGGAAAGAACCUGGAAAGUAUAUUGACUACAUUUAUCAAGGGCCGGUCAUCCUUGUUCUUUUGAUAAACUUCGUUUUCCUCUUCAACAUAGUAAGAAUUCUCAUGACCAAGCUGAGAGCUUCUACCACAUCAGAAACCGUACAGUACAGAAAAGCGGUCAAAGCGACGUUAGUGUUAUUGCCUCUGCUGGGGAUCACCUACAUGCUAUUUUUUGUUAAUCCCGGAGAGGACGACAUCUCGCAAAUAGUUUUUAUUUAUUUCAAUUCAUUUCUACAAUCAUUUCAGGGGUUCUUUGUUUCAGUAUUCUACUGCUUUCUAAAUGGCGAAGUGCGCUCAGCCGCCAGGAAAAGAUGGCAUCGUUGGCAGGACAACCAUGCCCUGAGUGUGCGUGUGGCACGUGCCAUGUCCAUCCCCACGUCACCCACCAGGAUCAGCUUCCACAGUAUAAAACAGACCACAGCUGUUUGACCAAGAUCGCCGAGUUCAAAGGUCGCCUUUGGAAACGUCCCUUUUCUAGGGAAGACACUUGUCUUAAGGCAUCUCUCCAUAAAUGUUGUCCAUUUGCUUUAUUUAUUUUCCCUUCUGCAUAAAGACAGAGACAAAGCACUUUGAGAAAGAGACCAUUAGGAUUUCCAGAUGAUAAUACCGUAACAUGACGUCCUAGGACGUCACACAGAAGUCAGGACCAUUCAAAACAGAUGGGCAAGGUUGCCUCUCCAAAUAAACAUUGUGAAGUCAUUGCAGAGUCUAAGUUGUACUGCCAUUGCAUCAAGAGCUGUUAUCAUACUAUAGUACAUCAGGUUAUAUUUUAAUAGGUCAGGAAGGUUGACCUUUCAAGGCCCCGUGCUGGAUGCUGAUGAGGCAUAACAAAAUCAGUGUUAGUGUCAAAAGAAACCCUAAUCACUCCCAGCACUGUACUGUACUAGUGGUAUUUAUAUCCAUAACCCUUCAUUAUUUGAUAUCUAUGAGAGGGUAGAGAUAAUUUAAGCAGGAUUGUGCUUUAACAGUGCGGGCAUGGGAUGCAAUUGCAUUCUGUGUCUGUUGCACACCAAGUUUCAGAUGAGAUUAGAGAGAUGUAAUUAUACUGUUAAAUAAGGAAGUGAUACUCUUUGGUUUGUCAUCAGCACUACUUUUAUGAGUUGUCAAAAAGGAGCUUUUCAUUUGUAUAAAUGUUUUAAGGCUAAUUUAUUUUCAGAUUGUUCCUUGCCAAUCACUCUCUAACUCUUUUGAAUAACGUCAAUGCUGUGUUUUCUCACUUCUGUAUAAAAAACCCCGAGGCUACUCUAAAUAAAUCAAAGCUAUCUUUCACUGGGUUUGAGUUCAGAUUAUAUCCAUUAUCUAAUGCAAAUAAUGGAGAUGGGACUGUGAUUCAGAUACAGUGGGACAAAAUGUAUUUAAUCAGCCACCA